GCCCCCGCCAGGGCCCGGGCGCGCCGCCGGGCAGUGGCGGGAACGUUCUAGAAGCGAAGGUGGCCGGUGAGCGGCCCGGUCUCGCCGCAAGCGAAAGCAUAAUUCUGUUUGGUGGUGUUGUCUGCCCCCACCGCACUGCCAGAGUCCCGCUGUGACCCAGGUUCCUCCUUGCGCCUCCGCUGCGGACGAGGCAGGCGGCCUCGGCGGGCGCCUAAAGCGGUGCAGCGCCGCUCAUUGGCGGCUCAGCGUUGAUGGCGUCAGCGCGUGGCGCCGCAGCGCGGAAGGUCCUGCCGCGCCGGGCCGCGUCCUUCGGGCAUGUCUCGCCUCCCGGCCCAGAGGCUUGCCGCCACCGUGAGCGGCUGGCGCGGCUUCCCAGUUUGUGAGUCAUGUGCUCUCCGAAGAUUUUCCAUCCAACCUGCCCAGCAGAAGAAGAUUCCAAGUCGGUACUUGGGCCAGCCCAGUCCCUUCACACACCCACACCUUCUCAAACCAGGAGAGGUAACCCCAGGACUGUCGCAGGUGGAAUAUGCGCUUCGCCGGCACAAACUGAUGGCAUUGAUCCAGCAAGAGGGCCAUGGCUGGGAUGGGUUGGAACACACAGUGGUGCUGCUGUCCAACCCCACCUACUACAUGAGCAAUGACAUCCCCUAUGUUUUCCACCAGGACACUAACUUCCUGUACCUCUGUGGGUUCCAGGAGCCUGACAGCAUCCUGGUGCUGCAGAGCAUUCCUGGCAAGGCGCUGCCCUCCCACAAAUCCAUACUUUUUGUGCCCCGGAGAGAUCCAAGCAGAGAGCUGUGGGAUGGGCCCAGAUCAGGCACGGACGGGGCAAUUGCUCUCACAGGAGUGGAUGAAGCUUACACCAUCGAGGAGUUCAAGCACUUGGUGGCCAAGCUGAAAGGUGAGUCAAGCAUCGUUUGGUACGACCUGACCAAACCAGUGCACACAGAGCUACACUCUCACUACAUGCAGCCACUGGCUGAGAUAAAAGCUCGGAACAAAAACCACAUCCAGGGCGUCCGGCACCUAGUGCAAAAGCUCCGGCUGAUCAAAUCUCCUGCAGAGAUUGACAGGAUGAAGAUUGCUGGACGAGUGACAGCAGAGGCUUUCAUAGAGACAAUGUUUGCCAGCAAAUCUCCAGUGGAUGAAGCCUUUCUGUACGCAAAGUUUGAAUUUGAGUGCCGAGCUCGUGGUGCUGACAUCUUGGCGUACCCCCCGGUGGUUGCUGGUGGCAACAGAUCAAACACUUUGCACUAUGUGAAGAACAAUCAGCUCAUCAAGGAUGGUGAACUGGUCUUGCUAGAUGGUGGAUGUGAGUCUUCCUGCUACGUGAGUGACAUCACACGUACCUGGCCCAUCAAUGGAAGGUUCACCAAACCCCAAGCAGAACUAUACCAGGCUGUCCUGGAUAUCCAGAAGUCCUGCCUGAGCCUCUGCUCCCCAGGCAUGUGUCUAGAAAAUAUCUACAGCCUCAUGCUGAGUCUUAUUGGACAGAAGCUGAAAGACUUGAGCAUCCUACAGAGCAGCGUUACUGAAAGCCACUACUUCAAGGCUGUUCGAAAGUACUGCCCACAUCAUGUAGGCCAUUACUUGGGCAUGGAUGUUCAUGAUACACCAGAUGUGUCCCGAUCGCUCCCGCUCCAGCCAGGCAUGGUGAUAACCAUUGAACCAGGCAUUUAUAUCCCUGAGGAUGAUGUGAGUGCCCCGGAGAGGUUCCGUGGCAUUGGUGUGCGCAUUGAGGAUGAUGUUGUGAUAACCGAGGAGGCGCCGCUCGUCUUGUCUGCUGACUGUCCCAAGGAGAUCUACCACAUCGAGCAGAUCUGUGGCCGCAGCUCAUGAUGCUUCUUCUCUGCCUUUUUUCAUCUUCCUUGGGAGACACAGCCCUCCAGAGAUGCAGAUCCUUGUAGAUGGCUGCAGUUGUCAAGUGAUGGAGGGUAGCUGCUGGCUCUUUCCACAACAGGGGAUGGGAAGUGGAAUGCAAAAGGCUUGGGUGCCGAGGGAUGAAAAAGUAAAGAAACCUUUUCUGUGUGCAUUUUCCUUCUGAUGUGAUUAGUGCUAAUGCUGAGCUGUUGCAGGUUAUGAGAAAGUGAAUUCAUCCUUCUGCUGUGCUGAUCCAUCUCUUCUGGUGCCUUUGGAGGGAUGAAUUUUGUCAGUCCCACCAGCAGGGUUUCUGCCUGGUCCUUCCUCAAAUGCAUAGGUGCGAGCACUGAAACUGGAGCCCAUUUUUUUCCCCUUGACACAACAAUGCCUUAUCACAAUAGAAUUUAAAAAUUAAGCUUUGCUAAAUGCUGCUCUGGGGAAACAAAGUCUUGCCAAACAGCUUUGCUUUUUAUAGAGCCCUGAAAGGAGGGGUCUUGGUAGUCAGGAAUGUGGGUUUGAUUGCAAAGUAGUUGUACCUGAAGCCUGUGGAGAACACUUUCAGUAUUCUAAGGGUAAGGAUCUGUUUGGACCUCGUUCAAACAUGCAAAAUAGGCCAGCAGCAGAGGAAAACAUCUCUUCUGAUCUUUCAGUUCAUUGGAGUGUUUGGUAAUUUCAGAAAGGACAGAUAGGCUCAGGAAGUUGGCUAGACCCAAUCUUCCUGUCUUCCGUGUUCCCUUCCUUUUGUCCCAAGUAUCCAUUCCAGUCUCCUGUUCUCAACCUGUCUCUACCCUGGAAUCAGGGCUAUGUUGGCUGUUCUAGACCCUACUGUUGAGCUGCUAGGUAUGAGGUACCUGAUUUGGGGACAGUCAUAGCACCUUUGUUUUCUAUGCUGUAAGUGGCAGCAACUUCAGCAGAGUAUUUUCAACAAGUCUGCCCUCUGGCAAGUCUCAGGUCCGUGAUCACAGCUGCCUUUUGGGUAUUGCCAAAAGUAGUCAGCAACUAGCACCCUGUGAUAAUGUGUUUGAGGGAGCUGCAAAUGUGAUUAGGGGCUAGCAUGGAGGAUGAACUAAGACAAGAGUUGUCUUCCCUCAACAUCAGUCUACCACCCAGGCCAUUGCUUGCAGUAGUAAAUACACCUGUUAGAAGGCAAACAUGGUGCCUGCAUAUUUACUGACAAUGUUUUGACAGUCAUCUAUUUAACAUCUGAAAAAUGCCUCUCAUCAGUGCCUCUCCUUUUAUAGAUGCUUGCUGUUGCAACACAUCAUCUUACUUCCUUUCUGAUGGUAGCUUUCAGUUUUUUUGGUCUGUUAUUCUCAACAGUCUUUCUUUUUCUCUUCUCAUAUCACCUAUUACUGACCCACUAUAAUGUCACUGAUUACUAAUUUCAUUUUGCUUUCUAAGUAAUGUCACUGCCUCUUCCCUCUAGUUUGCCUUAAUUCCCCACAGCUGAUGUUGUCAGAAUCAUGGAGGUUGGCAGCGUUCACAAGUGCAACCUCUGGCUCUAUUGCUGUGUUUAACUUUUAGUGAAAUCUGCCCCUUCUCUGUUCUCUUUUCCAUGUUUCUUUUCACUUGGUGAAGGCCAAAUGGACAAUGUCUUUUAUCUGUCAUUGCUUUUAGUGGGAGCUGGCUGAGUGUACCGAGAUUUAGAUUUGGCACUGGAAAGGCAGCCAAGACAUGGCAUCAUUUGGGUUUUUAAACAUGACCAAAAAAAUCAAUGGUUUUAGACAGUUUAGUGUAUCAAAUUUCACCUAUUUAGGAGAACCUUCUAAAUUUUGAUGGAGGCCUCUGUUAGAUGAACAUGCUCACAGUGACAUGUACAGUGUAAAUUCUCAGAAGCAAGGCUUGGUAAGUGUGGGGACAGAACCCAUGAAUACUCUUGAGGUUUGUUGUUCCAGUUACUCCUGUUAGAGCCAUGUCAGCUGGGACAAAUCUUGGCUUUUUGAGCUAUGUAAGAAGCUUAAAAUAACAUUAACCUUAGAGUGUGUGCUGAUCUGCACAUCUGCCCAUGUAGCCAACAGAGUUAAUAAUUGUACUUAGUGUAAAUAAGCCUUGGAAAUACAUAUUUAAAACAAAAAAAGAGUUGCUUUUUAAAUAAAACACUUUAUAGAAAGUUA